GAACUGAAGGCUUUGGACUAAGCAAACAAGAUACGAAUGUCCACAAUGGCAAUGUGCCAACUGGCAGAGUCCCUGGGCUUUUCUUUUCUACUCUUUUUAAAUCUUCACCAUGAUGGUUCCAUUGUGAUAUAUUUAACAACUCCUCCUUAAAAAGCCAUGGGCUACAUUUUUGUAUUGUAUCAACGUAUGCCCUGAUUGUUCUUGAUUUUACUGAGAUGCCUCCUUCCUCUAACAAUUUACUUAACACUCUUUCAGUUUGUUUUUUACUAAUUUCUGAUCCCGUAUUUCUACUAUAAUACAACCCAACAAGAUAACGCCAAACAAAACCGAGACAGAAUGAAAUAAAAAGGGAACAACAAAAAGUCAUUAUAGCCUUUCUAUCCUCCUGACAUGUGCAUCCGUCCUUUCUCCUUAUCUGUUCCUCAGACGUAAAUAGUUUUUCCUCAGAUGUGAGCGGUUUUUCUUCCGUCUCACUCAUCUCCAGGGACAGGCAACUUAAAACAAAAGUGAAGCAAAAUAAAAGAGGAAUCUUAAAAUGGCUACCCAUCCUCUCGCCCUGCCCUCAGGGGCGAGCAGUUUCACUUACCCUCAGUCGCUCCCCGUGCGAGCCACCAAAUGCUGCAGUCUGGCUGGGCACAAUCAGGAGCCACUUGUCAAAAGAAACUAACUUUAUUUUUAGAACCACACAUGCCAAACAAAACAGCCUCUCAGGAAAAACCCUCAGAGCCUCAACUGCCACCACCGGCUUUCCACAAGCCUCCCUCUCCCACACAAGCUUCUCUCCACCUCCCACAAUCCUCCUGCUCUUGAGGCCGAUUGGCUGGGUCACGUGGGCGGAGCCAAAAAAGUCCCCCAAUGAGCAGCUCCGUGGUCUGAAAGGGCAGGGGAACAGCCCAAUGAGCAUCACCGCAGAGGAGCCAAUCGGCUAGAUGUUGCUGGGGCCGCUGUGAGCCAAUCAUCAGCCAGCAGCUGGAAGUUUGCUGGCAGCUGGAAGUUUGCUGGGGCCCCUUUGGCUGUGGCUCUCAACAGCAUCUGACCCUGGAAAUUGCCCUGCUUCACAAUCGUCGGUUUCAGGUCAACUGAGGAGUCUUGCCAAAGGCACCUGGAGAAUCACAACCCCCUAGUGCCAUCUCCAACUGCUCCCUGCCGGCCCAGUGGGUAACAGACCCUGGGGUAUGUCGGCUACCCCACUGGAGCACAGGGAGGUCUCCUGGUGCUGAGGGAUCAAUAUGUGGUGGAAUCAGGACCAAAGAGACGAUGGUUCAAAUUCCAGCUCUACUAAGAGUAAAGGGGGUAUUUAACAUCCACAUCAGUAUAUGAGGGUUACUCCUUGAAUGACUGUAAGUGCCAUGCUUUUUAGCCAUCUUUCUUUGUCUCCUGUUCUUCUUUUCAAAGCCAGGAAGCUUUUCCCAGCAUUUCACACUCCUGCAAAAAUUAUUAAUUGAACACUUAUUAUAUAUCAAGAACUGUUUCAGAGUCUAGGGAUACAAACAAAUCCGCUUCCCUACACACACACACACACACACACACACACACACACACCACAGUAUUACAUCUGGUAGCGAUAAAUGCAUGAAGAAGAAUAAAGUAGUAGGGUGUGUGACAGGUGACACUGACUGUUCUGGAUGGAGAACUUAAGGAAAGACUCUCUGAGGAAGUGACAUUGAGCAGUGCUUAAUGAAAUGGAAAAUCUGAUCAACCAAAUGCCAGAGGAAGACAAUUCCAGACACAGGAAAUGGCUGGUGCAAAGGUUUCAUGUCUCUGUGUGGCAGGGACAUCUCCCUUUUGGUCUGGAAUUUGUGCAACUGUCUUGCAACACUUUCUCUUUUUUACAUUGCUUUGUGGUUUUUAAGGUACAUAUUAUCAUUCUUAUACUAAAAUUUCCUUGAAAGCAACAUCUAUAGUUGACCCAGUUAAUUUCCCUUGUUAGGCUUUGCAUAUUUCCUGACACACAGUAGAUACUCAAGAAAUCAGAAAGCAUGGGUGGAUGGUAGGGUAAUGAAUGGCUGGUUAUAUUGAUUGGUGGCUGGAGGGACCAAAGAAUAAGAUGAGAUGCCCAUGAUCAUUUCCAGCCCUCCAGUUCCAUCUAGCCUCCCAGAUCUUGUUCCUUUCCUCUGAAUCCUUAUCCUCCUUUCUAUGCCAUCUCUCUCGCACUCAGCUAGGUCCUCCCUAAAUCCUGAUUCUCUUCUCCCCAUCAUAAGGGAUUUGCCUGGCUUUUGUGGAAAGCAAGUUCAACGUCUCAAAGAUAAAUGAAAAUGCAGAUGGCAGCACUGACUAUGGCAUCUUCCAGAUCAACAGCCACUACUGGUGCAACAAUUAUCAGAGUCACUCAGAAAACUAUUGCCACGUGGACUGUGAAGGUCACUUGCUUCUCUUGGAAGCAGUAUAGCCAAGGGGAGGAAGAAUAUCUCUGGGAUUUCAGCCUGGAAGAGGAAGAAUUCAGGCCGCCAGAACUGGACUAGCACUACUGAAUAUCCCCAGAGGCUCAGUCCUGUGACUUCCUUGGGAAUCUCUGCCGCCCCCCACCCAAUGGGCUGCUAGAGUCCUGGUGCCACCCACAUCUAGGGCCCAGAUCCUGCUUCGAUGGUUUCACCUGGAGAGCCGGCCCCAGAGGUGGAUCAGUUUGCUGUUCAAGAUCAGUUUGCUGCAUCAAGACAAACUAAUUCCGAAAGAGAGGCUCCCAGAAUUGGUUCCAAUGCUCGACUCAAAAGUAAGCUUCAUACUGUCAAUCUGGAUCAGUCUACAGAUCACCAGUCAUUUGAAGUACUUGUUCCACCUCUAGAUAGUCAGAGUGCAAAAGCAGCAAAGUUUAUUGUUUCACCACUGAAUCUGAAGAAGGAUGUAGCUCAGCAUCCGAGAUUUGCUAAAGUUGUUGGUGGAACUCCAAAGCAAUUUGCAAAACUUCAGCUUCAGAACAACUUGCAGGAUGAUUAUGUGUAUCCAAGUACAGAUGUAGCUUCUUCUGGCAACCUACCUCCGGAAUCCCAGGAGAACUCAGAGGAGUCUCCAGAAACUCCUGACCAGGUUGAACCUUCUGUGGAGGCCCAAGAGACUCCUGAGGAGCUCCAGUCCUCUUCGUCCCAGCAAGAAGUUCCUGAGGACCAGGAGGCUCUAGGAGGUGAAGCAUCAAUGCAUCAUAAGCUUUCAUCUCUAAGAAGUGACACUCAGCCGGUUGUCACAAGUAAACCUGCAGAUCUCGUUACCGUAACUCCGCAGGCAGAUAAAGAGAUUCACCUUCCUUCAGGCCAGGAGCAGGCCCCAACCCAGCCUUCAGAGGGUCUUGAAGUAGUAGAACCUUCAUCAACCCAACAAGAGGCUCCAGCUCAGACUUCAGAGCUCUCUGAACCCUCUUUAGCUGAGCAAGAGACUCCAGUUCAAGCUCCCAAGUCCCCUAUGGAGAAUAUAGCUGAAACUCUACCAACUCUACCUGUAGUUCCAUCUCUAGGUCAGGAUCAAGUUCAUUAUUAUAAUUUGCCCAGUGUUACAGGUAGGCCUGCAGAUGUGGAAAUUACCAUAACUUCGGAACCUACCAAGGAGGCCGAAUCUUCUCUAGCCCAGCAGGAGGCCCCAGUUCAGCCAGAGGCCCCAGUUCAGCCAGAGGCCCCAGUUCAGGAGGCCCCAGUUCAGGAAGCCCCAGUUCAGCCAGAGGCCCCAGUUCAGGAGGCCCCAGUUCAGGAGGCUCCAGUUCAGGAGGCUCCAGUUCAGGAGGCCCCAGUUCAGGAGGCCCCAGUUCAGCCUCCAGAGUAUGCGGAGGAGGUAGAACCUUCUCUAACCCAGCAAGAGACCCCAGCUCAGCCUCCGGGCCCUCCUGUGGAGACUGAACCUUCUCUCAGUGAGCAAGAGACCCCAACUGAGCCUUCUGAGUCUCCUGGGGAGGACCAGUCUUCUGAAAGCCAGCUGGAAGUACCAGUGCAAUCUCUAGACUUGCCCAGUGUGACCGGUGAACCUGCAGAUGUACUAAUGACUAUAACACCUGAACCCACUACAGAGGUGGGAACUUCUAUGAUCAAUGGUGAGGCUAUAGUUCCUCCCUCAAUUCCAACUAAUGAGUCAGGACCUUCUGCAUCCCAGCCUGAAGCCCCAACUGUGCCUCCAGAGCUCCCUAACGAUGUAGGUCAAUCUCCAGAAGGUGAGGAUGUGACAGGUUCUUCUCUAGGUUCUGAUCAAGCUGAGUCUCCUACUCCAGAAUUGAAUAGUGAGGUUGAAACUUCAGCGCAACAGGAGACCCUAGAUGAGUCCUCAGUGUCCCCUGAGCAGUUGGAACCUCAGCCAAGCCCCCCUCUAGAGGAGGAACAACCUCCAAUUGAUCAAGAGGUCCCCAGUCAGCUUGAAGAGCUGCCUGAGGAAUCUUUAUCAAGUCAGCAGGAGAGCUCAUCUCUGCCCUCAACGCCCCCCGUGAGUGUUGAACUUCCACCAGUCCAGGAAACACUCCCAACUAAACCUCCAGAAUCCACAUUUGUCCCGACUAUUGCUUCCUUCAGUGAUUCCAUGUCAUUUUCACCUCAAGAUCUAGAAGUAAUGUUCAGAAGUGGGUCUUCAAAUUUGCCUAAAACCACAGUUCAACAUGUGGCUCUGAUAGUUACUGUACCUUCAGAAGCCACUAAAGAAGUUGAGCCAGUUUCCACCCAGCAAGUUACAUUUUAUCCAACCCAGUCGAAUGCCCCUUCCCAGUCUCCAGGAUUCCCUGAAAACUUUGGAUUUUCUUCAGCCCAACAAGCAACCACAACUCAGAUGGAAACUUCAACUGAGGUCCUAAGUCAGAAUCAAGCUCAGGAUUUAACAUCACCCAGUGUUACAUUUCAACCUUUGGACCUGGAACUCACCUCGACUCCAAAACCCACUAAACGUUCUAGGGCGAAGAAGAAGCCUGUAGCUCUUUCAUCGUUCCCUAUAGCUAUUGGAACGUUCUCUAUAUCUCUUCCAACGGUCCCCGUAUUUGUUUUUCCAACCAUGCAGAAAACCUCAACUUUGCUUCCAAAGUAUCAAGAAGGAAUGAUUCCAACACAAGAAACUUCAACUCAGCCACAGGUCCUAACUGAGAAUCAAGUUCAUUAUUCAACAGUACCCAGCCUCGCAUUUAAACCUGUGGAAGUGCAACUCCCCAUAACUCCAGAGCCCAAUGUGGGGGUUGAACAUCCUACAGCUUUUCCUCCAAAGCCCCAGGAUGUGGAACUCCCCAUAACUCCAGAGCCCAAUGUCAAGGUUGAACAUCCUACAGCUUUUCCUCCAAAGCCCCACGACGUGGAACUCCCCAUAACUCCAGAGCCCAAUGUGGGAGUUAAACAUUCUACAGCUUUUCCUCUAAAGCCCCAUGAGGUAACACUUCUACGUCCUCACCAGGGGACUACAAAUCCUCCUCCAAAACCCCCGGAGACAACAUUUCCACAUCUAGAUCUGGAAACUACAAAUCUUCCUCCAGAGCCCCCUGAUGUGACAUUUCCACGUCCAUACCAAAAGACUACAAAUCCUCAAAUCAACCACAAGGAAACUUCAGUCAUAGCUCAAUCUUUUGAAGUGGAAAUUACCAUAACUUCAAAACCCAACAUUGAUAUUGCGUCUUCUCAAACCUUGCCGGGGAAGCCAAUUCAGCUUCCAGAGCCAUAUAAAGAGAUUAUAGCGAAACCUCCUGUAUAUUAUGAGAUUACACUUCCAACAAUAAGUACAACUCCGGUGUCGGAGUCCUCUAGUGUUGGAGUUCAACCUCCAGACGUGACAAUUACCCUGACUCCACUACCCAGUGUGGCAACUGAAAGUUCUGCAACUCCUACAACUCUUUCAACAACUGAAACAACUUCACAGCAAACAAAUAUGACUGAAUUCACAGUUGCACAAGUGGAGCCAGACCAAACCACAACUCAUUUCCCCGAAAUUUAUGCCACAGAAAAGGAUGAAAAUGUCACCAAGAACACUAGUAUAUGUGAGCUCUGUACCUGCCAAGAUGAGACACUGUUGUGUGUUGGUCUCGCCCCAAUGCAGAAACUCCACCGAGUGCCUGUGCUAGAGCCCUACAGCUACAAUGGCACCUUCACAGUCUUGAAUUUCCAAGGAAAUGUUAUUUCUUACAUUGAAGAAAACAUAUGGAAAUCUUACCGUUGGGCUGAGAAACUAAUUCUCAGUGAAAAUUCCCUGACUGAAUUACACAAAGAUUCCUUUGAAGGCCUGCUAUCCCUCCAGUAUUUAUUUAUUCCCAUAAAACAGCAUCACAAGAUGAUGAAGAAAAGUCCUUAAGGAGCUGUUUCGGGUUUCUGUGUAGGAGAAGCUCAACGGAAAGUGAAAAUCAGGAGGGCUUUUUCUGGUAAAGGUGGCCACUUUGGCUUAGAGAUACGUACAGACCUCUCAAUGCCACACGUAAGAAAAACAUGGCACAGAAGCUACAUGACAAGGACUCCUCUGAUGAGGAUGAGAUUUUCAAUAAGGAUGCUAGGGAUGAAGCCCCAUCACAGACCUCUGCUCCUACUGAGGGCGGCGGAGAGUAAAUCUGUCUUGCCUCAAGCGACUGGCAAAUUUUAUUUUCUAAUAUUGGCUUCUCAUCAGUGCUUGUAAAAUACUUUUUUUUCUCAUAUUAAACGGUGCAAAAUUCACAACCAA